AUGCAGCCAAGGCAGGCUUUGCCACCUUCCGGUGUCGACGGCAGCUACACCAUAGUGGACCAUGGAACACAGCAAGAUGUGAUGCCGCAGCUUGCAUCGCCAAACUAUCCCUACGUGCCCAGGACAGCCAGCGCACCAGAGGGGCAAGGUGAGACUCCCGCGUCUGGUCAAGGUCUGCUGGAGUUUGUGAAAGCCUACUGGAAGCUGGCAGUGGCAGCACUUGGCUUUUGGGGUGCUUGGAAGGCAGCUCGCAAAUUCCUUUGCCCCGUCAACAAGCCAUACUUGACUAUUGAUGAUACUACAAACGAAGUCGUGCUAUGCCUUGGAGAUGACUUGGACGCCGGAACAGUAAAGAAGGGCAGGAAUUUUUGCAUCCUUGACGUUGACAAGAGUCGAUGGAAGAAAGUCCAGUUGACGUCGACGACUCGCAGCGACUCCACGUGUCCGCCAGGUCUCUUCCCGUCAUCAAGUGCAGACCAUGACAAGAUAAACUUCAAGUAUCCGCAUGGUCGGGACUGGGUGCAUUGCGAAGCAUCCUUGCAACAAUUGCAAGGAAUGGUGGCAGACAGUCACCGUGCUGAUGCCCCCGCGCCGCCAGAUUUAGAUUUCUGCGGCGCUUCUUGCUUUGAGGCGGAGACUGCAGAUCGACAUCCUCACCUGUCUGAUUUCCACAUGCAGCAGGCAACCGAUGUCACCGAUGCGUUACGCGUGCCUGGGAACCAGGUGGGCAUGCAUCAGGACUCUGUCCCAGUUUCAUCAUGCAAGUUUGUGACCAGGGUCUCGUACGUGGUGCUGGAAGGAUAG